AUGGGCUGCCUUCCCGAGAGGUUAAGCCACCUGCCCAAGGUCAUACAGCUGGUAGUCCCAAGUGUGAAUACAAAGAAGUCGGCCUGCUGUGCCUCUCACUGUGUUGCCCUCAUCAACCGUGUGGACAAGAGCCCAGUAGCCCUGACAGUCACGGAGGAUGAAAGGAAGGAGGAAGGGGCCGGUGUUCGCGGCUUUGCUGCGUAUUGGAGGGACAGCGAUGUUUCGGGGGCGGGGCGGGCGGCACGGAUUCAGUGGGGCGGAGUGCAAGAGCCGGGGCGGGGUGCAAGGGCCGGGGCGGGGUGCAAAGCUGGGCGGGGAGUCUGCGCCCGGGCCGCCUCCUCUGGCUAUAAAGCGGACACGCGGGCUCGUAGGCGCCACCACGCGUCGUAUCAGCACUGGUUCCUCUUCGCCUCUCACUUUGGACCUUCUGCCUCACCUCUGCUCGAAAUGGACCCCAACUGCUCCUGCCCCACUGGUGGCUCCUGCACCUGCGCCGGCUCCUGCAAAUGCAAGGACUGCAAAUGCACCUCCUGCAAGAAGAGCUGCUGCUCCUGCUGCCCCGUGGGCUGUGCCCAGUGCGCCCAGGGCUGCAUCUGCAAAGGAGCAUCAGACAAGUGCAGCUGCUGUGUGUGACGUCAGGGAGAGCCCGCUCCCUGAUGUAAAUAGAGCAAGAUGUUUAAACCUGCAUUUUUUUAUUUUUUCAUAAACCCUGACCCCAUUACUACAUUCCUUUUUGUAUGAACUAUUGGAAUAACAAUAAACGUAUCUAGACUCUUCUGGC